AUUCACAUAACAUAGUUGUUUCCAUUCAGGAGUAAAAUAAACUUUAGCAUUAUCUAGUAUGUUUAGAGGUGAAGCUUUCAUUAAAAAAAUUGGGAAAUGGUACAUUAUUAGAAAUUGGUGCAAGUAAAUGGUACACAAGCUUAAAUCACUGCAUAAGUACAGAGUCAGAAACUGAAAAACAUUAUGCCAUCUUGGAACUUUACAGACGUCACAAUUGCAAAGACCAGAAUUUGCAUUUCUUGGUUUUAAUUCCGCGGCUGAAAGUCUCGAAUUGAUUUUGGAAGAAUUGUAUAAAGCCUUUCUGGCCGCGUGGGACUCCAGAGGCAUUUCAUAAUUCUGGAUUCAUGCCUCGCUGUGGAUUUCCGUUCGAUUCCUUUGUGUUACCCGCGUGUGUUGUGUUUCCUCCGUCUUCUUCCCUCUCUUGUGGCUAACUGGGUUGCGAGACCUCUGACACAAGUCCUUCAACCCUGAAAGUUGCUGACAAUUUCAACAAAUUUUCCUAGGUAGACCGUCACUUUCACAAACACUAGGACCUGUUACCUUCACGAUAAUACUCAAAAGGUUGUCGCUCGCAGAUUUAGCUCCAAACAAAUCAAUCAGAUUGCUGACGAAGCUGAAAUGAGAGCACCUACGAACGUGUUGUUGUUGAUUUAGAGAUCGAGGCAAAGACUUUCCCAGUGUUUUAUACGCUAUGUUCGCGCUCGAAGCGAUCGUACCCAGAGUUAGCACAUCCAUCGCCCCCGGCUUAGAAUUGGAAACCUGUGAAAAAAAUUAUUGUUUAUCAACUUCCGGUGCAACUGCACACGCUCUGCUUUUGGUCAAUGAAAUGUCGAGCUCAAACCCUGUAUUCAAGAGGUCUUCGUUUUACCGUUCCGCUGGACAAGGGUAACGAAGGCUCUGGGAACGAAAUUGGAAAGAACUCAUAAGAAACACAUAGAGAGAGGGAUCGGAAGUGCAUAACACAACAAUAUUUAUAUGCUGGGAAAGACGGGCUUUUACCGCAUCGCUUCUUCGUUAUGAAGCUUUUCCUAUGGUUAAUCACUGCUUUGUACGAAGUCUUUGGAGACACAGAAAUUCUUGUCAAUGAGCCUCGAUCCGGUUCUGUACUAUGGAACUGGGAAAUCAAAAUAGACUCACAAGGUGCAGGGUGGAUCCACCCUUCAACUGUAAACCAGAGGUACAAAGUUUGCGAUGUUAGUGAACAGAUCACAAGGGAACCAAAGAACUGGUUACGAACGGACUUCAUUGAUGUUAGGAAUGCUAAACGGCUGGAUAUUGAAAUACAUUACAUCCUCCUAAACUGCCCUAAAAUAGAUACUAGUCAGUUCUGCAAAACAUACUUAACUCUUUUUUCCCAUCAUACAAAUACCAAGGAACCUCUUCCUGACCCCACUAAAGUGAUGUUUCAGAAAGAAGCAGUCAUAACGCCGGAAAGUUUGCCUCCUCAGGGAAAAAUUAAAACAGACGUAUUUUAUGGUUCUGUGGUUACCAGAGCUCGGGGUAUAUAUCUGGCAUUCUUAGACCAAGGAGCCUGCAUAACAUUGACGAAAGUUGUCAUUAGCUACAGAUACUGCCCCGAGAUAGGCAGUACCUUAAUGACAUUCCCAAGGACAGUUGCCCCAGCAAAUGACUCCAAUCUAACGGAACAAGAAGGAAAAUGUGCUGAUGUUAACUCGGUUAAUAAAAUCAAGUUAUCAGGUUUGUGUCUCAGUAAUGGAGAAUGGAACAUCGAAGAUGACUUGGCCUGCCUUUGUAUAGCUGGUUACGAGCUUGUCAACAGAACUAUCGCUUCGCUGGAAUGUAAAGAAUGUCCAAGAGGUUCACAUAAGAGUACCAUCAGCAAUUCAAAAUGUCUUCAAUGUCCUUCAAACUCAAUUUCAAACGCAGAGAGAACAGCAUGUACCUGCGAUGACGGAUUCUACAAUUUUAAAACAAUUCUGGAAGCUGGCUGUAAAGCUCUACCACUCGCUCCCCUCAUGACACAUAUAACUGUUGUAAAAGCAACAGUUGUUGUCAUCAGCUGGCAACGGUCGCCAGACGAUAAUGGAAAUAUUACAUAUGCUGUGUACUGCUUCAGAUGUAAUUCUGGGGAAUACAAGUGUAAGGAGUCGUGUGACGGACAAGUGAGAUAUUUACCAGGAAAGGAGAACAUAACUGGUGUCUCGGUAACAGUGCAUGGUUUAUCAUCGUCCAGCUUCUUUUUGUUCAGAGUUUAUUCUGUGAGUGAGUUGAAUCAGCAAGAGAAAGACAAGGAUAAAUGGAACUAUGCUGAAGUUUUUGUGGAAACAAAAGGUAAAGUGAAGUGUGAAUGA